AUGUAUGAAGAUCAUGAUGGUUCUAGAUCAGGUGGAAGUGGUGGUGGUCAUGGCGGCAGUGGUGGGCGAGGUUCCGGCCUUACAUCAGUGGGUACAGGGUAUGACUCCAUGUACGAGCCCCACAUUGCAGGCUCAGCUGGUGGACAUGGUUACCAUUUUGGUGAACUGUACUUUGGAGACAAUGCCUAUGGUAAUACAGUGGUACGGAAAGGUUUAGGAGGGGCUGGAGGAGGUAUCCUUGAGGUACACAGUCGCCAUGUAGACAUUGAUGGUCUGGUUGCUGCUAAUGGCAUGAACCCGGAUUCUAGAUCUGAUCGGGGUGCUGGUGGUGGUGCUGGUGGUGCAAUCUGGAUUGUAUGUGAAGAAGUUGUUGGACAUGGCACAAUUACAGCAUAUGGUGGUAAUGGAGGUGGGGUCAAAGGUCAAGCUGGUGGUGGUGGUGCUGGAGGCAGAAUCUCGGUACAGUGUGAUAACAUCCACAAGUUUAAUAUCACCAUGAAGGCUUAUGGAGGUGUGAGUAACAGUGAAACUGGUGGAGCAGGCACAGCUUAUCUUGAAGCCAGGUAUGAAAAUGGUACACUAUACAAACAGAAACUGUUAGUUGACAAUAACGGCCAUGACUACCCUCAUGCAGCUGACUACAAUGCAGGAUUCUUGAUAAAUCUUCUGAACGGAGAGUAUAAUGAUAUCAGCAACACUGGCGGUGUAACAUGGCUCUAUCAUGACAGACUGGCAUACAGCUUCAAAGAAUUAGAUGUACGAGGAAAUGCCCAUGUUGCCAUUUUGAGCGACACAGACAACGAGGUCAUCGAUUUACGUGUUGGUUUCCUUUGGGGUGACAGAUCUGGUGUACUGCAUGCAGGCAGGAAUCAGACGUUUGGACUUAGUGACGUAGACGUUUAUCUGCCAACUAACUUAGCUGCAUACAGGUAUAGUAGAAUUGAAGUGCCAUCAAAAGUGACAUUACGUGAAGUGUGGGCUGAAAUCAAUGGUACCAUUGAAGGCAUGAACGUAAUAGCUGUUGAAAAUGAGGGAGAACUCUAUAUCUGGUCAUACGCAAACUCAGAUGGCUACAAAGAGGGACAGCUUGUAGCGACCAAUAUUUCCAUCCGUGCUGGUGGGAAGUUUGAGCCUCUGACUGCAGUGGAGCAAAUGAAUCUGAUAGUAACGAGGCUGGUCAUUAACGGGAAUGGUUACGUCAGAACUAAUAACCUGAAACUGAAUGCUACCAAUGUUACUGUAGAUCUCUCAGGAGAUUUCCAUGCAGACUACACAGGAUUCCCAGGCAGUGAGGGUCCUGGUGGGGGAAGAAAUGCCAACAGUCAUGAAGGUGGAGGUACAGGUGGAGGUCACGGAGGUCGAGGUGGUAGAUGUAAAUCAGGAUAUUACUCAGCCUAUGCUUAUGAUUCCAUCUAUUUCCCCACCGAGAUGGGCAGUGGAGGUGGCAAUUCUCCUAGUGGAAAUGGUGGCAGGGGUGGAGGCAUUAUACACAUGUAUAUAAAAGAUGAACUGAGAGUUGAAGGUCGUUUACAUAGCAACGGUGAACGUGGCGGGGAUAGUAAGGCUGGUGGAGGGGCUGGGGGAUCUUUGUAUAUAUCAGCCAAUCAUCUUGAUGGAACUGGAUCUAUUGAAGUCACUGGAGGAGCAGGUGGUACUGCUGGUGGUGGAGGAGGUGGUGGAAGAAUAGCGAUAUAUCAUACAGAUCAGAACCAUUUCACUGGCAAAUACCUUGUACAUGGUGGGUGGGGUGUAGAGCAGUAUGGUGGCCCAGGAACUGUUUAUCUGGAAUCUCACUUUGUCAAACCAGUCGACAGACGUUUGAUCGCAGACAAUGGGGGUCACUCAACAAGCAACAGGAUUUACGAAGUCGAACGUCUUGAUCUUGGGGGAAAUUACUACUCAACUCAUAAUUUACCAGAAAUGACUUUCCACAGUCACAGUGGUGUUAACACAACAACGGAUUCACGUCCUUACUCACGGACUUAUCCAGUUAGCUAUCUCUUCAGUCAUGGCAAAGCAAAUGUCAACACAUUCUACUUGUCUAAUGCAAAACAGGCAACUCUGACCAUUGAUCUGCCAUAUAAAACAUAUGUGGAGUACUUGAGAAUAUUUCCAUAUUGCCAGAGUUAUAUAACCUCAUAUGCUGUAGGAAGUUCAUUAGAAGGCGGGUCGGUAACAAGUCAUACGAACGGAUAUAUUAACACAGAUUAUUGUCAGACACAGAAAGAAAUUGACCAGUAUGGCACUGUGGAAAUCAGGGAUAAUGUUGACAAGAUCAUCAUACACCUAAGAGCAAGAGGGAACUAUGUGGCCCUGAGUGAGAUAGAAGUAUAUGUGAGGGAAGAUCCUGCCUCAAAAACUCAGACACCAUAUAGUAACGGCAAUGGUGCAGGCUACAUUCUACCAGAGAAAACAUCUUCUACCUUUACAUUUGAUAAGAUGGAAAUUCUUGGAGGGGCCUCUCUCAAUCUAGAUGGUACAAACAUGAAACUAACAGCACAUGAGGUAGCUGGAGAUGACACAGGCAGGCUUACUCUGAGACAGACCCAGAUAUACAAUAACACACAGGCCAGGGUAUUGCAAACAUUUGGUGUCCUCACUCAGAGAGAAUCAAGCCUGAACUUACCUCUGGAACUGGACUGUCGAGGAGUUGAUCUGUAUGUAAAAGGAUAUUUCCACUCCAUGGAGAAUUUCACAGUGAAUGCCAGAUGUAACCUGACAAUAGACCACCAUAAAAUAACUGAGAACUUUAUAGACAACCUGGACAUCAAGACGUUUGGGUCUGUGACAGUUUUCACUGAAGAAGAGGCUUUAACUACCCUUGUAGGAACCUCACUGACUGUGCGCAGUGGUGCUAGGUUAUCCUCCAAUGAUCUGAAGCUAGACUAUUUCAAUGUGACCAUAGAACCAUAUGGUUUACUGACUGUCACUGAAGGAUGUAUAGGUGCAGGUCAUGGCCACCUUGAUGGAAGUUCUGGAGGAGGUUAUGGUGGGAAUGGAGGUCAAGGUGAAGGUCAACCUGUUGCAGGUGGUGCUCAUGCUUCAUUCUUGUAUCCCACCAAGUUUGGUAAAAAUGGUGGACAUUCUAAGUUUCCCCAUCUGGGUGGUACAGGCGGAGGUCGAAUGUAUCUGAAAGUGAAUCACACAUUGACUGUAGAUGGAUUUUUGACCGCACAAGGAGGUAACUGGAGAUCUGUUGCAGCUGGUGGGGGCAGUGGUGGCACCAUUCAUAUUGAGACCUACACCAUUGAUGGUAGUGGGGAAGUUGAUGCCUCUGGUGGAGCAGGUUAUGGUGGAAGCUGGUCCAAGCAUGGUGGUGGAGGAGGAGGUGGCCGAGUUACUUUGUACUACAUGUAUAACUUCUUUGUUGGUGACUUUAUCAAUCAUGGCGGUCCUGGUGGAUCCAGAGCUGAACCAGGUGGCCCUGGCACAGUCUACCUACACAGAUUGCCCGAACUUGUGAAUGGAACAGUACCAUCUGACUUCAUUGACAACAGAACCCUUUACCUGAACAACAAAGGAUACCAGCCUAGAGUCCCUGACCGGAAUCUUACUGAUACAUACUCAAAUUACACAACAGCUAGUGGCGUGGUCUGGAUAUGGCCAGGCUCAUACCCACCUUCUGUCACUGUUGCUACAGAGCUGAAUGAUACAGAGGAAGAUAUUGUUCUGGAUUAUCUCAAGGUAUAUGAGAUGGUUCAGCUAGCAAUGGUUAGACCUCGUCAUACAGAACAGAUCAACCUGAUUGUAGGGUUCACUGAGGGAGAUAGAUCUGGACAUGUUCAUAUUGGCUACAAUCAGACUCUCUUUAUUGGUACUGGAGCACUGCCCAUGGAUGUAUCACUAUACCACGGUAGCCUGACAACCCUACAAGGUGAACUGAGAGUAGCUGGUGUUACAGUGGUUGUUGAGGGCAUCAUAGGCAAUGUAGAAAACAUGACCAUUGUUGAUGGAGGAACUCUGAGGAUAAACUACAUGAUGGAUUUGAAGUACCAGCGUAUAGAUGACAUCACAUUUACAGCAUUCAGUAUCAGGAAUCGUGGUUCACUGUUUAUGAACAAUGAUGUUUUCCAACAUAAUAUGACCGGGAAAAGUUUGCAGAUUUUCCCAGGUGGAAAGUUAGAAGCUAAGAACCUGUAUAUGAAUGUAGAAACUCUAACUGUUGAUGUUAUGGCAACUUUAACAGCUGAUGGACAAGGAAAUUGCAACAUGAAGGGAUAUGGUGCUGGAUAUACAGUAUCUGGGUAUGGAACAGGGGCCAGUCACGGUGGGGAGGCUGGAGCAGAGGAUUACAAGCAUAACUCGCCAUCAUGUUACGGCAAUUUUAUCAAACCAGACAAGUUUGGCAGUGCUGGUGGAGACGGAUCAUCAAACAAAGGUGGGUGUGGAGGAGGUAUCCUCAUACUGAAUGCCAACAAAUUGUUGAAAGUUGAUGGUACAGUAAGCGCUAAUGGACAUCCUGGAUCAUCCGGGGGAGGUGGAGGGUCAGGCGGAAGUAUCUACAUGACCACAGGAGAAUUGGAUGGUUCUGGUACUAUUGAGGUGAAAGGAGGAUCAGGAAGAAAUGGUGGUGCUGGAGGGAGGCUGGGUAUUGCCUAUGAUUACAUCAACUUUGCUGGGAGCUACGUUUCCAGUGGAGGUGUAGGCAGUGGAGGAGAGAAUGGGGCAGCUGGAACAGUCUUCACCAAGGAUACUGCCCCCGGGGGAAAGAAAACAGUCAGGAUUUAUAACAGGAAAGGAGAUGGAAAUCGUAAGACAAGAAUAACCAUACCAGAGAGUAAGACAGAGGACCAUGACAUUGACACCCUGGAUCUUGGUGACUAUGCUGAAGUUGGUCUCCUAGCAACUGAUGAUAACAGCAAUCCAAAAGUUGGAAGAAGAGAUCUUUAUCUUAGGUUGGUAGAGGGAGACUACACUGCUACAGUACAUGUUGAAGGUGGGAUGUGGCUCAACAUUGACUUCAAUGACUCUGCUGUCCUCUCAUUCAGUGUUGCUGUCUAUCCUGAUGGACAAGUAAACCUGCCAUAUGACACAUAUGUAAAAGACGUCACAGUGUCUGACUAUGGAGGCACCAUUACUGGUCUAGAAACAUUCAACAUCUCACGUGGAGGAGCUGUCAACAUAUACCCACCCUCAGUCAACAACCCACACUUCAAAAAUAUUGUAUAUAAUCUAAACACAAUCAGUAUACUGGAUGGAGGAGUGUUCCAUUACUUUGGAUCAGCCGAGGCAGGAGAUGUGCUGGAGAUCAACCUUGAUGGAGAUCUGAUGAUCAGAGGUGGAGGGGAACUAAAAGCUAACAAACUUGUUCUCACUGCUGUGAACAUAACUAUAGAAUCUGAGGGUAUUUUAAGUGUAUCAGAUCGAGGUUAUGCAGCAGGGGAAGGGGUUGGGACAGGUAUUGGCCAUGCCAAGGGCAGCUCUGGAGGUUCACAUGGAGGUCUUGGUGGUGUGGGUAGCAGUACUUCCAAUGCAGGAUUAGCUCAUGACAGCCUUCACAGACCUACAGCUUAUGGUAGUGGUGGGGGUAAUGCUAGUGUUGCUGCCUCAGGACGAGGUGGAGGCAUUCUCCGUCUUGUUGCCAGUGGCUAUGUGGAGAUAGAUGGAGAAUUAACGGCUGAUGGACAAGAUGCUAGCCAGACAGCUGUAGGCGGAGGGUCAGGUGGAUCUAUCUAUCUGACAGCUGGAACUUUCUCAGGUACUGGUGUUGUAUCGGCCAAUGGUGGAGCAGGUGCUUGUGUACCUGGAUGUGCACAGUGUGAUUCUUUAAGAAGAUGUCUCAGAUGUAACUCUCCUUAUGUUUGGAGAAACUACUUGUGCCGUUUUAGUAACCAAGCCACUGAGGUUGCAGGAGGUGGGGGAGGUGGAGGUAGAAUAGCUGUAUAUGUUUCCACAGAGAACACAUACCGCGGUGAUUACCGGACCUAUGGUGGUAAAGGCUUCUCUGAGAGUGGAGGAUCUGGUACUGUCUAUGUACAGGCACCAGUAAAGAGCAUAGGAAAUAUGGAAUCUACACUAUACAUCGACAACCGGAAUUCUGUACCAGAUCGUAUCUAUAUCAGUAAUAAAAUGACUGACAGCUGUAGAACAUACAUAAUAACAGCUGACGGUGACACACCCUCUAACAUGACCUUUGAUCAUGUGUAUAUCAAAGGUGCUGGACAUUUAGCCCUCCGUAAAACUUCCAAAUCCAGUGUUGAUGUGACCAUCAAUAAGCUUCAUGGAGAUUUAAGCGGUAUGGUUCAUACAUCGGUUGACCAGAAAAUCUCCAUAGUGGACAGUGACAGCCCGAUACCUGCCUCCUUCAGGGUCUAUGAUACAGCUACCAUACAGUUACCUCAAGAGUUAUAUUUCACCAACUUGAAAUACACAGACAUCUACAUUGAUGGGGAAAUCAGCGGUGUGAAGAACUUGAGCCUCGGCAAGGGAGUAAAUUUCUUCAUUGGAGAAAACGGAUUUACAUCAGGGUACAGCAAGCUAACAUUCAGUUUUGAUCAGGUUCAAAUCUAUGCAGAUGGUAAAAUGUCAUCAACAUACUUGAAGGAAAAAUCUCCCUCAUUGGUUCUAUAUAUCACAAAACUGUUACGGCUUCAUGCUGGAUCACUGAUCAAGGCUCCAUGGGUGAAAGUAAAUGCAAGCACUGCUCUGGUGCAGAUUGACUCAGCCAGUGUAAUUGAUUCCAGUCAACAGGCUCCUACAAACCUCCAACAGAAUGGGGUGUAUACUGACACAGGAGGAGGAUCUGGCGGUGGUAACGGAGCUGCUGGAGGUCAAGGGUCAUACCAGGACUAUGUUGGACCACCACCAGACUAUGGUUCAAUGUAUGAGCCGACACAAUAUGGAGGAAAUGGGGGUGCAGGUGGCGGUUCUACAUCAUACAAGAGGUGUACCAAGUCUUCUAGACAUUCUGGUGGCCGUGGAGGUGGAGUGAUAGAACUGUCAGCAAAUCGUUUACUACUGGAUGGAGAUCUGAAGGUGAAUGGAGGAAACGGUGCUGGAUACAGAGGAGGUGGUGGUGCUGGGGGAAGUGUAUACCUUCAGGUUUCAGAAAUCUAUGGUGAUGGUAAUAUCUUUGCCCAAGGAGGCUCUGUUGGGACUGGAUCUGACCCAGAGUGUCGUGGCGGAGGUGGGUCCGGUGGACGUGUUGCAAUACAUUACGAGGAGGACACAUUCUCUGGGAAGAUCAGUGCCUAUGGUGGAUCUGGGUAUGAAUGUGGAGGAGCUGGAACAAUAUUGAAACAUAACACUGUUAACUCAACCAAACUGCUCACAGUAAACAAUGAGAAUGUGUGCACUCCAUUAAAUUCCAGAGUUGAGUGGAGCCAGCUGUCAGAAACACAUAGAGGACAACUCAGCUUUUACACCUGGUUGUUUGAUGAGCCAAAUUCUCAUGAACAUGUCUUUGAUGAGGUGCAUCUCAGUGGGAAAGCACAGUUAGCACUGUACAGGAAGGACGGGGCUACAUUUCCACAGAAAAUAACAGUGAGAAAAACUGUAGGAGACAAAUCUGGGAAAUGGCAUAUUGGUCCUUACCAGCAGUUUGCUGCCAGUUUACCGGAUGACAGUCCGGAACUACAGUUCGGCAUGUAUGUAUACGAGGAUGGAGUCAUGGAAGCUGAACAAACUCUCACUGUUACUGGUAUUACUAUAGAGAACGAAGGACUCCUCAAAGGGGUGGAAAAUCUCAUUAUUGGACCAAAUGGAAAAAUCAUUCUCAGGCCAGACAGCAGCGGUAGUAUACCAGUGAUUACAUUUAGCUCAGUCACUGUACAGGGUGGAGGUACUUUAGUCAUAGACACAAAAGGACAUGGAAUGAAGCUUAUUGGUCAAAACUUCACAGUACAUAGUGGUGGACUGGUGGAGGCUGAUAAUCUACAGGUAGAGGCUCAUACAUUGAUGGUAGAGGACUCGGCAUACAUCAGGGCAAAUGGACAAGCAGUACACAUUAAUGGGGGACCAGGUAAAGGAGAAAAUGGCAGGGGAGCCGGUCAUGGUGGCCAGGGAGGCAGGGGCAGUGUACAAGGAGGAGGGCUGUACUAUGGAGAUAUAGUAACACCACGAACUGCAGGAAGUAAUGCAGUUUUUAAAGAUUUUACAACAGAUGAUGAAGUCAGAGGUGGAGGCAUACUGAAGUUUCACAUCAACUUCACAGCCCAUAUUGAUGGUAUAAUCAGUUGUAAUGGAGAGAAUGGAAGGAGUAAAGCAGGAGGUGCCAGUGGUGGUAGUAUCAUGCUGACAACUGCUAUAUUCAAUGGUAAAGGCAAACUCAUUGCCAAUGGAGGAACAGGAUCCGCAUCAACUGGUGGCGGAGCUGGUGGUAGGAUUUCUAUCAGUUACACAAGUUCAGAGUUCACAGGCUGGUACCAGGCUUACGGUGGUAGAUCACAGCACAGUACAGGUGGUGCUGGAACCAUCUAUGUGUAUGAUGGGGACAAAUCAAAACUGAUCAUUGAUAAUAAAACACCAUAUAGCGGACCAAAGACUAUACAAAACUACCAUACCGUUGGAGUUAGAGACAACGACUAUGGGCGGACAUGGAUCGUAUUUCCAAGUUCUGGUUCCCUGACUGUAGAUAAGCUGUACCUGUAUAAUGGAGCUCAUUUAGGACUAGAACCAGCAUCAGAUCCUAACAUGAGAAAACAUGAAUUUACAACAGAAAGUUUUCAUGGUGAUGGAUUUAUAAACGAUGCUUCAAAACUAGGAACCAUUCAUAUUGGACCUAAUCAGCUGUUCAGGGUCAGAGCUGUAGACAUAUAUUUCCCUGCUAAUGCCAUGGUAUAUCAAGAGGGUACACUAGAAAUGCCACCAACAGUGAAAUGGUUCAACUCGGACAAUAUUAUCACAGGAACUAUAGGGGGUGUAACAGAUCUCACCUUGAUCAGGUCUAAACUGAAUCUGAAAGAAACCAGUAAAACACAGGGAAGUAGAAGAGAGGGAAAAUUCUUUAUCUCCAAUAUUAACAUUAUGGCAGAAGGUGUCUUACAAUUGACAGAUGAUAUACAAUACCAUCUCAUUAUGCACCACCUAUACAUUGCUCCCUCAGGUCUCAUAGAAGCCAGGAAAUUGUUGAUCCAGACUACAUCAGCUACUAUAGAAGAAGGAGGUGUCAUCAAUCUCAGUGAAAGAGGAUAUUUAAAAGCUGGACCAGGUUAUGUGGCCAACUAUGGUGCUAGUCACAGUGGAGAAGGCGGUGGUCACUCAAAUACUCAUGGAACUGCAUAUGAUAACUUUAUGCAGCCAUCACUACCUGGCUCUGGAGGGGACACCACAUACGGUGGUGGUGUCAUUAAGCUUGAGGUGUCUGGUACAGCUGAUAUACAAGGAGAAAUCAAGGCUGAUGGUGGCAGUGCUGGGUCUGGUCAGCAUGGUGGGGCAGCAGGUGGAAGUAUCUGGAUAACAUGUGAUACCUCAAAGAUUGCUGGUUUGAUCCAUACCAAUGGUGGAUCCUCUGUCAGCUCCGGAGCUGGUGGGGGAGGGUUUAUAUCUAUCUACUUCUCUACUGGCUACAUUGAUGAUCGCUAUAUUACAUCAUAUGGUGGCUCCUCUAAAAGUGGGUUAGCAAGUGCUGCAGGGGUUAUAUACCUCAAGCAUAAUGCCAAUAGAAAGGUGUUAAUCAAGAGUGACAGAGCCACUGACAGUCUAUCCACUAUGGCAGUUCCAUUGUCUACUGUAACGGUACAGAUAGACACCAUUGAAAUUAUUGGACCCGCAACGGUAGGGUUCCUAGCCCGGCCAACUACAUCAACACCAGUUCUGAGUGCACAGGUCGGUAGAAUAAUCGGUAAUGCAGAUUCUCUGGUAAGGGUUGAUGAACAUAUAAAUCUGUAUUGGGGUACACGGGUUGGAUACGUCAGUCUGCUCAGAAUCAACACGAAUGUCUAUGUCAAACAUUUUGGGAAAAUAGAUCUUCCAAAAACUGUUAUCAUCGACAAGGGCUGGGCUCUGGAUGUUUGUGGAACAGUCUCAUCAAAUAUCAAUGAGCUGACGGUUAGAGAGAACGGAGCACUGAAAAUGUCACAUCCGGCGUCAGAUUUACAAAUCAAUACCCUAGUUAUUGACUAUAAAGGUAGACUAGAAGCGACCAAGUACUGUAGCUCAGACAAAGAGAAAGUAACACUACAACUCACUUACUUCAAUACAACAAGCGAUUUUAAUCUUGAUACAGACAAAUUUGUACUGAGUGCUUCUUAUGAAGGCAAUGUUUCUACUAUUGGAAUGAUGGGUAAUAUAACAGAAUGUCCAACAAAUGGCUCUAUCACACUGGAAAGGAACCAGUAUUGUACGAUGGCACCAGGGGAAUACACUUACACAUCAAUCACAAUAGGUCCAGGAGCUGAAAUUAGACUUGAUGGAAUAAACACAACUUCUAACAAUGGUUUAGAAACUACAAUCAUUCAUACUGAAAAUAUCUUUGUCAAUUUUGAUGGUGUAAUAACGGGUGUUGGUAAAGGUUAUCAAGUGGGUGGACCAGGUGCAGCGUUAAUGCCAGGGCAAGGUGCGACACAUGCUGGAAAAGGUGUAGAUAAUAUCAGAAACACAUAUGGCAGUAUAGAAUCACCAGUGGAAUAUGGCAGUAAUGGUCAAGGUGCAACAGUGUCCUCCGGUAGAGGUGGGGGGCAAGUAAAAAUAGUUGUUACAGACACUUUCCAUUUAGAAGGAACCAUAGAUAUAAGUGCAGACUCUGGUGACGGUGGCAGUGGAGGGUCUAUCUUUGUCGAGGCAAAGAAGAUAAUUGGUGAUGGGUACCUGAAGGCUGAAGGUAGUAAUGGUGGAGGUGGAGGAAGGAUUGCUGCAGUGGCUACCAACACUUACUCCUUCACAGGUUCUUUGUCCGCUGUUGGUGGAGAAAAUAGUUCAAGAACAAAGAAGGGGUCUGCUGGUACAGUAUAUAUGAAAUACCCAGGAGUAGAGCAGGUUGUCAUUGAUGGAACAGGGACAGAAACUACCCCAGUCACCACUGACAUGAGUACAUUGAUCAUCGGAAAUGCUUUGGUCACGAUAGAAGCAAAUGUUAUAAUACAGACACUGGUUACACAGUCACCAAACACUGACUGCAAAUUGACAGUACUUAAUGGCAGUAGUCUAUACAACACAACCAUGGGAGAUCAACACAGAGGCUUUGGCUGCCAGCUCGAAAUUCAAGAAGGAGGCUCCAUCACAGUCCCAGGAGCCCUGUUAGUUUCUGGAGAUAACCCAGUUCUUGAUUUGUCUGGAACAAUAACAGCCAACAGUUUAAACAUUGACAACCAUGGGAAGUUCAGUGUAACAUCAACUGGGAAAGUGGUGACAUCAUCAUUGAGAUUACAGGCAUGGACCGAAACUACAGUAGCACUUAAUGCAGUGUUCGGCUCUGAUAGAAGGAAAAUGAAUGUUAGUAACAUAGAAGUAGGCUUUGAAGCCAAUAUCACUUUUGCUCACAGUGAAUUACAAAUUGAAGCAAUUGCAUUUAAGAUGGAUGCUAAAUCUAAAUUGAUAAUAAAUGGGGAUAAAAAGAAUGUAAGCAUAUCGGCAACAAAUUUCACUCUUCAAGAUGGAGCUGUGAUUGAUGUCAGUGGAGGUGGUAAUGGCAGCACAGCACCGGGAUCCUCCUCAGAUUCAAAAGGUGCCAGCUAUGGUGGAGAGGGAGGGUCAAACACAGGUCCAACAUAUGGAUCUACAGUAUAUCCAGUUGACUAUGGUAGCGGAACACCAAAUGUCAAAGGUGGUGGAAUAAUUUCAUUUAAUGUUACAUCAACAGCAGAUGUUAAUGGUGCCCUGCUCGCAAAUGGAGCCAUGUCUUCAUCCACAGGUGGUGCUAGUGGAGGAACCAUCCUGUUGAAAGCUGGUACCCUACAAGGUCAUGGUAAACUUUCUGUCAAUGGGGGGAGUAGUUCCACAGGAAGUGGUGGUGGUGGUGGAAGAAUUGCUCUCAUUGCUACUUUGAUGUCUAAAUUUUUAGGAGAGGUGACUGCUAUAGGUGGCAGUGGACCAAAGUCACAUGGAGCUGCUGGGACAAUAUACAAACAGUAUGAAAAAUCUGGAGGUUCAAAGGUCAAAAAAGUUACUGUGGAUAAUAAUGGUCAAAUUACUGACUCCAUGACUCAUAUCAGUGGAACAGAUGAUCUCACUGAAUUGGAUAUCAAAGAAUAUGGUCAGGUACAGUUUGAUGGAACAAAACCCAUGAAGAUUAGAACCAUUAAUGGUGACUAUACAGGGACUUUAACCAUCUUUGCAAAUCAAAGUAUGGACAUUGCUACAUCAUAUGGAACCAUGACACCAUACGCAUUGAUGUGUAAACUCAUUGUUAAAGAAGGUGGGGAAGCCACAAUUCCUCCGAAGAUAUUGUUAACAGAUGAUGAUAUUACUGGGAAAGACUGGUACAAUCUGGAGUUAUAUGGAACUGUCCUUGGUGUGAGAGAACUUACUAUUUCCACUGGAGGCCGGGCACUCGUACAUUCUAAGAGUAGGUCAGGUUUGUCCUCAGACAAUUUAAAACCUGUGGGAACGUUGUCAUUGAACAAGAUUGAUGUAACUACAAAUGGGCUUCUAGAGCUUGGUCUUGACAGCAUGGGAACUUACACUUUACAAAUGAUCAAAGAACUGAAUGUGAAAUAUGGUGGAAAAGUCAUAGGCAGGAAGCUUGAUAUUCAAUCGCCAAUCCUCCAAGUUGCUUACGGUGGUGAACUAAGUGUCAGUGGUGGAAAUAGUGGUCAAGGAUCCGGUGCAGGAAAUUCUGGAACAUCUGGAGCUGGUGGUAGCCAUGGAGGUGCUGGUGGAUUAUCAAAUUCAAAUGUCAUGCCCUCAGCAAAUUACACAGGAUUGAUUAACAGUGCCACAGAAUUGGGUUCUGCGGGUGGGUCAGGGUCCUCAGAAUCUGGAGGUAAAGGAGGUGGUUACAUGAAAUUGACAAUAUCUAACUUACUGAAUAUACAUGGAACUGUCAGUGCUGAUGGAGAUGAUACUGUUAGUAAUGGAGGAGGUGGAAGUGGGGGCGGAAUAAACAUUGCUGUAGCAGGGGAUAUGGAGGGCUCUGGAACAAUUUCUGUGAAAGGGGGAAAUUCUCGAACAGGGGGUGGUGGAGGUGGAGGCAGGAUUUAUGUUCAUGUUGAUGGAAGCUUUGACUACCUUGGAGACUACAAACUAUGUGGAGGGUCAUCUGCUUCUGCACAGGCUGGUGGUUCCGGGUCAUCAUUUGUUGUCUUUAAACAGUCAGGUAUACCUGGCUAUGUCAGCUACCUAUAUUUAGACAAUUCUUGCUCAUCCGGUGCAUCUGAGGGAGUGACAUUUAUUGAUUUACCUGGACAAACCCUGUAUACUUUGAACAGUUUUCAUAUUGGUGACAAAAGCAAAGUUUGGUUUACAACCCCAAACCUCCAUUUCAAAGCAAAAACUCUUGCAUGUGGGACUGGAAGUACAAUUGUUGUUGAUAAUCAUGUGGUAUUCAAUGCCAAUGAAGAUCUGUCUUACAGUGCAAUAACAUGUAGCUUUAACCUUAAAGAGGAUGGGGAGCUGAGGUUACCAAACACAGUGGAGCUGAAAGGAAAAUCGAGCACACUGGAAGGCAUUCUGUCAAAUAUUCAGACUUUAAUCAUAUCCUCCUACCAGCAACUGACCCUCUCAGCCUAUGCUAGGACUGGUGUUUGUUGUGACAUAAAUGGCCAACACACUUCACUUUCCAAGAAGGGAGAAUACAGCUUCUUCAAAUUCAUACUCAAAAGUUAUGCUCAGGUCACAUUUGAAAAAGAACCAUCUACACUGAAGACUAUAAAGUUUGCAGUAUUAGAAUUGCAUUAUGGGUCAACCCUGAUUGGUAAAAGUCUUGAUAUAGUCUCAAAUGAAGUCAUUCUACAUCCUGGAUCUACUCUAAAACUACAAGGUGGUGGGUUCAAAGCUGGACUUGGUCCUGGAGCAGGCAGCAAUAUUAACAAUAUAGGCACAGGAGCUGGUCAUGGUUCCCCAGGAGGCUCAAUGUCAACCAGUGUUGUAGGAGGUAGUUCUUACGACAACACGCGACUUCCUGUAGAGACAGGCAGUGGUGGCGGCAGCUCACCAAGUGGAACUGGUGGUGCUGGAGGAGGAUACCUGAAACUGUUUCUCUUUACACUGCUUAGAGUGGAUGGGACAAUACAAGUAGAUGGGGAGGCAGGAGCUGGGUCUAACACUGGUGGUGGAAGUGGUGGCACGGUUAACAUUACAACGCCACUGCUCAGUGGAGAUGGUGAGGUCAGAAGUAAUGGUGGAAAAGGUCAAGGUUAUGGAGGAGGUGGUGCUGGUGGCAGAAUGGUGAUCAGGAUCACUGAAGAGAAUGACUUCAUUGGCAACAUGAGGGCAUAUGGUGGAGGUAAUAAUCAUAAUAUAGAAACAGUAAAAGCUGGUCCAGGAACUAUUUACCUACUGGAAGGACAAUCUCCAAGACUUGUCCACUCACUGGAAAUACAGGGAGAUGUAGACAGUUCAGUUCAGAAGCAAAGCUAUGUUUAUAUUAACGGAACUUCAGAAGAAUUCCAGUACCGCUUGCUGACAUUAACAGGUGAAAAAUUUUGUAACUGUUCAAGGAAAUAUAGUAUGGGAAAAGUCUGUGUAAAAUUGACUAAAGCAGAUGGAUAUGCCAAUAUGAUAUUUGGGUCAUCAGAUACAGUACUAAAACUUGACGACAUAGCUGGCGACUCGACAGGGACCAUACAUCUUACAGAUAAUCAAGUUGCUCUUGCUGCAGUGGUUGCAGGCGUACCUGGAACUUUCACUACAAAUGUCAACUUUAUUGUUGGAGAAAGUGCUACACUCCAUGUGCCGCAGACUUUAAUUGUAGCUGGAGUUAGCCUUGAUAUAAAAGGCACUAGUACAUUCAAUAAUUUAAUAAUUGAAAAUGGUGGUACAAUAAAAGGUUAUGAAACAACUUUCACUUCAAUUUAUGUUGAUGGAAAAUAUACUCCAACAAGUAACCCUGGAAGUUACGCACUUGGUUCAAUGAAACUGAAAGCUGGAUCGAACUUUAUCUUGCCAGCAGGUGGAUUGAAAAUGGUAAUUGGAACUCUAGAACUGAAAAGAUAUGUUGUCUUGGAAGCUGACUUUGUGGAGCUUACAGCUGUAACAGUAAUUCUUGAAAGGGGAGCAUCCCUAAACACCAAUGGUAAGGCUGCUAAAGACAGUCCUCUGAUACCAAGUGGAGCACAUGGAACUGGAAAGAAUGGUGGAGCUCAUGCUGCAGCAGGAGGAGUAGCUAGUGGUUCACCUGUCAGUGAUGCUUCAGAUCCUUAUGGAACAAUUUAUAAACCAUUGACACCGGGAGCUGCAGGAGGUCAAGGAGGGUCAGGAGGCGGCUUUAUUCAUAUUGUCACUGAUGAGUUAAUUCUUGGUGGAAUUCUACAAUCAUCCGGCAUGGACUCUACCUCAGGCGGAGGAGGGGCUGGUGGAAGUGUCUAUGUAAUCUGCAAUGUUGCCCUAAAAGGUCUUGGUAUAAUGGAAUCUAAAGGAGGUUCAGUAACCUCUUCCAGUGCUGGAGCAGGGAGUGGAGGUCACAUUGCGGUGGAAAUGAAAUCUGAUCAGUACCAGGGAAAAUUUAGUGCAGCUGGUGGAACCUCACCUGCAGCUCAUGGGGACGGAGGUCCGGGCUCCAUUUAUCUUGUCUCGGACAAUUAUGGUGAAAAGCUGAUUAUAGAUAAUGAAAAUGGCCAAACUGACUAUUAUACAACUUUAAAUGAAACCAAUUUAUAUCUCAGUUUUGAUUUGGUUGAUAUUUAUAACAAUGCUAAGCUUCAGUUAAAUAAAGAUGCAAAAACUAGAGAACUCAAUGUUGUGAAAGUGAAUGGAGAUGGAACAGGUCUAAUUAGAAUUCAAGCCAAUCAGAUAGGGAGACUGGAAAGGUCAAUCACUGAUACCAAAGCUAACUCUAAAUUGAAGAUCAACUUAGAACUCCAUAAUGGUGGAGAAUUUGUCAUGUCAGAAACUGUCACUAUUCUUGGUCUUGGGGAUGUUGCCCUAGAUUUGAACGGCGUUUUGAGAGGUGCAUCUAAUCUUUACCUUGGCCCUAAAAGAAAAAUGAGGAUAGGCUCUAAAGCAAAAAUAGUCACAUUUACAGCAACUGAUUUGUCAGAAAUAGAUUAUGUUAAUUUCGGAACACUUCAGCUAGAACCAGGCAGUUUUGUUGAAUAUGACCCGGACACUGGAGCUAAAAUUAGAGCAAGUAAUAUCAAUUUGAAAUUCUCAACUAGAAUAUAUGCUGACUAUUUUAAUAUCACUUCAUCCAAUUUAGAUCUUGAAUUAGAAAGCAGUCUUAGUUGUUCCAGUGGAAACCGACCUAGUUCUAACACAAUGGAUGUUACAACAGGAUCAGGGAAGUCUGAAAAUGGUUAUAACGGGGGUGCAGGCCAUGGUGGAGUUGGAGGCGGAGGAAAGUCAGUGCAUGGUACAUCUUGCAAUUCCUUGUAUGUACCAACAAUUGCUGGAAGCAGAGGAACAUACAAUGUUAUAACUAAGGAAAAAACUGGAGGCCGAGGUGGUGGCUGGAUUCAUACUAAAAUUGGAAAUUUGCUGAUAAAUGAUGGUACGAUUUCUGCUAAUGGUGAAGGUGCUAUGUCUAAUGGUGGUGGUGGAAGUGGCGGAAGUGUUUUAAUUGAGGUUUAUGAAUUUGAAGGCUAUGGGAAGAUAUCUGUCAUAGGCGGUGCUGGUUUAAAUCGUAAUGGCGCUGGUUCAGGAGGUCGGGUUGCUGUGAACAGUACAUUGCCUAUUGAGUUUGAAGGUACAUAUGUAAUGUAUGGAGGAGCUGGGGCAGAUGAUACACAGAGUGCAGGAGGUGGUACAGUAUAUCUAGAGGAUAUCAGAUCUGCCAGACCAUACAAACGGCUUCUCUUGGACAACCAGGAUAGACCUUAUGACAAAUAUGCAACCAUUGAUGAAAGUUUCAAGUACCAUUACUUUGACGAAGUGCAUCUUGUGAACCAAGCCUCUGUGCAUCUAGCAGACGACAACCGGAACACAGUCCUGGAAAUAGAUAAAGUGUAUGGUGAUGGCACAGGUUUGAUCCAUUUACACAAGAACCAGAUACUCAAAGCUGAAUACAGACCAUUAGUGAGAAAUGCCUUCCUCACUGGAGUAAACUUCAUCAUAGAUUAUGAAUCAGAAGUUUAUUUCCCAUCCAUAGUGUAUGUGUAUGGUAAAGGAGUUUUCCUGACUGGCCAGACAGAAGCCAGAUCUUUGGCUUUGUUUGGACGCCUGACUGGUAUAGCGGACCUGAUCCUUGGGUUUGAAACCCUGAUUUACUUUGGGGACCAUGCCCACACAGCAGGCAUUGAUGCCGAUACACAAGCCUAUUCAAACAUUGAACCCGCUGGAACUGUUAUAUUUGGAACAGUAGACUUGAGAAGUUACUCAGAAAUCAAAUAUUCCCCAGAUCAGACUGUGCUGCAGAAAAUUGCUAAAAUUGAUGCACGGUACCAGUCUAAGAUUUCAGCAGAAAGUAUCACAAUUCAGACUGGUAUCCUGAAUAUUGAAGCAGGGGCAACAUUGACUUCAUCAGCUAUAUAUAGACCAGAGGACACUCUAGAUGAACCACUUGGACAAGGUGUUAAUGCAAGUGGAGGAAAUAGUGCUACUGGUGGUGGUUAUGCUACACAAGGUGGAGGCUUAUUUAAAGAUGAUAAGUCACUAAUCAGAGCAGGAGGUUACUAUUACGGGAGUUUGUACCUACCAACACACAGGGGUAGUAGAGGUGGAGCUGGUGUGAGGAAUGCUGGGGGCAGAGGUGGAGGCUUCAUAAAUCUCAAGGUUGCCACAGACUUACUGGUAGAUGGUACAAUAUCUGUUGAUGGAUCACAUGGCAGUAAUAGUGAUAAAUCUGGUGGUGGCAGCGGUGGAACAAUAUUCAUUGAGUCAAUCAACCUUGAAGGACACGGUGUGUUACAGUCUCUCGGUGGAGACGGAUAUUGUGGUGGUGCAGGAGGCAGGAUUGCGGUGUAUCUCGAUACUCAGGUGUAUUUCCACGGAAGUUACCAGUCACUGGGUGGGGAUGGCAAUGGACAAUAUCUGAGCCAAGGUGGAACUGGCUCUGUUUAUAUACAUGAUAUCAGAAAUUCCCGCAAGUAUGAACAGUUCCACAUUGACAAUAAAGGAAGAUCCUGGGACCAUCAGUACAUACUUGAUGAAUAUAAAGAUGGCUCGCCUAAAGACAGCUACUACUUUGAUGAGAUACACAUAACCAGAAAUGCUUCAGUCCAACUUAAAUCCAGUGAUCUUAUUCCAAGAAAUCUAACAUGCAAUAAAAUAUAUGGAGAUGCUUUUGGAAGAGUUUAUCUGAAGGCAAACCAGACAGCUUUCUUGGAGGAAUAUCAGACACUGACAAAACUACCAAUCAAUUUAUGGAUAGACCAGGGUGCAAGAGCCUACCUCUCCCCUCUCAUCUAUAUCCUUGGCCUCGGAGAAAUUGCUCUCAAAUGGAAUGGAGAAAUGGUCAGUGUACGGCAUAUAAGGAUUGUUCCAGGACGGGUGAUCAGCAUUGAGAGGCAAGCAAUGACGAGCCUUAUUGAAGACGGAAAAUUUAUUGUUGGUACCCCAGGUGCAUUUCAGUUUGCUAGUAUGGAAUUAGGUGCCAAAGCUGUUAUGGAAUUGCCUCCACCCAUGCCACUGUUGUUGACUGUAGGAAUAUUGGACAUCAAAUAUGAUUCAAGAUUCAAGGCAGAUUCUUUUCAAGUACUUGCAACAGAUUUUUACCUGGAAUCCCUGGCUCAGUUUGUCUGUAUAGGAACUGGGCGUGAAUCCCAGGCAGGAGACUCGCCUAACAUUGGAGCUGGUGCUGGUCAUGCCUCUAUGGGUGGUGGAUUUGGUGGUGACCCUGCUGUUGGUGGAAUUGCCUAUGGCUCUCUAUAUAUACCUAAUGAGACAGGUAGUGUUGGUGGUGGAGCAAAUGGAGGACGUGGAGGCGGCAAGGUGAAAAUCCGAGUUCCGGCUGAAUUCUUACUAGAUGGUAAAAUUCUGGUAGAUGGAGCACAUGGUGGAACCAGCAGUGGAGGUGGUAGUGGAGGCUCAGUGUUCAUUGAAUCAGGGACCAUGUCAGGACAUGGAAAGGUGUCUGCUAUAGGAGGUAAAGGUCACAGGUCGGCAGGUGGUGGUGCCGGCGGAAGGAUUGCCAUUCAUACCUGGGACUCUAACUACUACAAGGGAGAGUUACUGGCAUACGGCUCUGGUGGAACUACAGGUGGUGAUAUUGGAGGACCUGGUACCGUGUUUGUGGAAGAUAAAAUGGAUGCAUAUACAUAUCAGAGCAGGUUAUACAUUGAUGGACAGAACUUGAUGCUACCUAAACCUCUUGUGGUAAAUGAGAAAAAUCCAAGACAUGUUAGAGAAGCAGCUGAAGGACUCCAGACAUCAAACAAUGCUCAACUUGACUUUGAACAUGUAAUGUUGAGUCAACAGGCCAUGUUGGAAAUAGGUCCAGGAAAAGACAGUAUUACAUCUCUGAACAUUGAUUAUAUGAUGGGAGAUAAAACAGGCUAUCUGCAUAUGAAGGAUGCACAAACAGCCUAUCUGGAAUAUUCUCAGUUCUCUAUUUUACGUUCAACACCACGCGUAAACUUCCGUAUAGAUCAAGGGUCACAGAUUUGGUUGUCAUCUGAUUUCAAAAUUAUAGGAACACAUGUGCCUGCAUUCCAGCUGGAUGGCCUGUUGAUUGGUGUCUUAAAUUUGACACUGGAAGAAGACAGGAAGAUGUACAUUUCCGACACAGCUUCUAAUGGCAGAGUUGUCAAUGGCAAACUUCAGACAUUUGAAAAUGGAGUCCUGGGUAUAGGAAGGCUUGCAAUGCAGGCAGGCUCCCAGAUAAAACAUGAUGACUAUUUCAACUUUGAGGUAUCAGAUAUCCACAUGAGGUACAACUCCAAAAUCUUGGCUAAACGAAUUACAGUUAUAGCAAGAGACAUACACAUGGAAGGGGAGGCUACCUUUGAUACUACAGCCCGUGGAGGAGCUGGGAAUGUAAGUGCUGCCCAAGGAGGUGAAAUCAAUGUGAAGUAUGCAGCAGAUCAGACUACAGUAGUGAGCAGUGUAGGUCUAGGUGGAGGACAUGGUGGCUACGGUGGUGGAGCAGAUCAUGACAGUUACAACUCUGGAAAGCCAUAUGGUUCUUACAGUAAACCACAUCACACAGGCAGCAAAGGUGGAGGAUUUGACCCAGGUAUGGGUGGAAGUCGAAUUGAUAUUAAAGUAUCCAAAGGAUUCCAUCUUGACGGCAAUGUUGUAAAUCUUGGUGGGGCAGCAACUGGAUCAAACAGCGGAGGUGGAAGUGGCGGUAGCGUGUAUGUCCUCACACAGAACUUCUCAGGUCAUGGACUCGUUGAUGUAACUGGAGGUAAUGGGUUCGGGACUGGAUAUGGGGGUGCAGGUGGAAGAAUAGCUGUACAUGUUCAGUGGUUCAAGGAAUACUCUGGUGACCUACUGGCUUUUGGUGGAUUUGCUGGAAGUAGUGUUGCAAAGACUGAUGAAACAAGACAUGGUGCUGCUGGAACAGUAUAUACCACAGACUCAAAUGAAAUUGGCCUGGACAAGAAAGAAGUGAUAAUAGUAGAUGGUGUGGAAACAUACGUUGAUGGUUACACUUACCUUCUGUUAGAUAACAAUAAUAGAAACAAAGUUCUAGGAACCAUGGUGAUGAGUGAUGAUGGAAAGAAGCCAUACAAAUUUGAAUUUAGUGAAGUAGAUGCUAUCAACCAUGCAGUAUUGUGGAUUGAAGGUGACGAUUCAGAAUUGACUGUUCACAAGUUUAAUGGUGAUAGGACUGGUUUAAUGCAUCUAACAGGAAAGCAGAAAGUUUAUUCUGAGUAUAAAGAAUCUACUAGCGGCUACACUGUAGCUCCAGUGAGUUACAAGAUUGAAAAAGAUGCGGAGAUAAUUCUACCAUCAACAACAAUCAUUCUUGGAACAAGGUCAGAUAUGAAUGGCUUAAUGACAAUGGUACAAAAUCUGACUGUUGCUGAGGGUGCAAACUGUAUGUUCACUUCCACGUCUCGAACUGCACUCAUUGAAGCUGGCAAAUACGUCCAUGAGACAAAACCAGGAAAUAUCAGCCUAAGUCAUCUUACAAUACAAAGAGGGUCAGAAGUUACAUUUACUGAGAAACCAGGAUUGAAUCUUGUUUUAGAUCUUAUCAAACUCAGCAUUAAAUAUGAAGGACUCAUGUGGAUGAAUAAAGGCUCCAUAUUUUCAGCAAAUGGGGUAGUUGAAAGUCUUGGCUUGCUGAAUAUCGAUUACCAAGGUCACACUGCACAGAAUGGACCAGGCGCUGGGGGGACCAGUGGUAACAGUGGUCAUGGUGGUGCUCAUGGAGGUCAUGGUGGUGCCCCUAAACCAGAGUUUCCGGAAGAGAUUAAUAAGAAACCCCAUGAUUCUGUUUACAGACCAACACAUCCUGGUAGUGGAGGAGGUAAUGGUGACGGAGUUGGUGGAAGAGGUGGAGGUUAUCUCAGAUGGGAAGUUGGAGAAACUCUUUGGAUUGAUGGAGAAGUGACACUUGAAGGAGAGGCUGGUCAAAGUGGGAAUGGAGGAGGAGGGAGUGGAGGUGGUGUAUUUAUAGAAACAAUGAAUUUUACAGGAUUUGGUCACAUUGACUGUCACGGAGGAGCAGGAAGAGGUAAUGGAGGUGGAGGAUCAGGUGGAAGGAUUGCUGUUCAUAUAAAUUUCUCAAAUCGAUACAUUGGCAAGUUGAAUGUGGUAGGUGGACUUGGAAGCGGAAGUUUACCAUCAGGAGCAGCUGGAACUGUAUAUCUCCAGGAAAAUGCCAGAGGUCCACAAUACCUUGAUGUGAAAUAUGAUACAAAAACAGGGGAGGAAAUAGUCACAGCUCAACACAGAAGACUAGAAAUAAACAAUGAUGAUUUAGACAGUCACCUCUAUGUUGACCAUGGAGAACCAUGGCUCUACACAGUAUUGUUUGAAGAAUCAGACAGAGAAUAUGAAUUUGAUGAAGCUAUGCUUGAAGGUCACUCUAACCUUUUGAUUGAGUAUCCUACAGGUACAGAUGAAAAACAACGUUAUGCAGUUGAAGUGAAGAUUCAUAAGUUCCACGGAGAUAGAACAGGUGUUGUUAGAUUGAGAGAAGGGCAAAGAUUAUAUGUAGAAAUUGUUGAAUCAGUCUCUAAUGAAACAAUAGCUCCAUGCAGUUUUAGAAUUGACAAUGGGUCUGAAGUUUUUAUGCCAUCCAUAACAAACCUACUGGGAAGCAGAACUGUUUUAGCUGGUAAGAUCACAGGUGUUGAGGACAUGAUGAUUCGGGGAGGUUCAACCCUAUUCCUGGCAACUGCUCAGACUGCACGUAUAGAGAAUAGAAAAUAUGUCAUGGAGACCUCACCUGGAAAUUUCACAUUUGGUAUACUGAGAGUUAUGGCUGGUGCUGUAGCAAGAUUUAGAGACAUAUCUCAACCAAGGAGAAUUAAACAUGUUUGGUGUUGGAUAUGGGCCAGAGAAAGGUCCUGGUGCUGGUUUCACACUUCCAGAUGGGACAGGUGUAGGAGCUGGUCACGGAGGUUUCGGUGGGGGGCCUGGUCCACUUAUGGAGGAUAUCCCUACAACUCUAUCAAAACACCCCUAGAAAAAGGAAGUGGUGGGGGUAAUGGUAAAGGCAUUGGUGGAUCUGGUGGUGGAUAUUUAGAAUGGGAUGCUGGAGAUCUGAUAGAAAUAAAUGGAUAUUUGACCGUUGCUGGAUCUAAUGGAGUUGGUGGAAAUGCAGGUGGUGGCAGUGGCGGGAGCAUUCUCAUGUAUUCAACCAAUAUGACAGGACAUGGAGUGAUGGCAGUAAAUGGAGGAAAUGGUGUGGGGAAAGGAGGUGGAGGUUCAGGAGGAAGGAUUUCCAUCAGGUGUAUGUUUAGAUACUCCUAUGGAGGUCAGUAUCUCAAUUACGGUGGGGAUGGUACAGGGGCUAAUAAAGGUAUGCAUGCUGGUGCAUCAGGUACAACAUACAAAGAGGAAAACAAGAGAGAACUUGAAUACCGACACAAAAAGUAUGAUCCAGAGCAUAAUACCACAUUCCUAGAUGUAGACCACAAAAUGAUCCAUUCUGAUAAUCGUCUAAAAUACAGCCCUGCGCCAACAUUGAUCCAAGACCCUCCCAAGAAAUGCUAUGAAUUUGAUGAAAUGGAAAUAACAGGUUCUACUUAUACAUUGAUUUAUAAUUGUUCAAUCCCAGUACUCACUGGAUCAACACACACAUGGAUACCCUACUGCUCAGAUGAAGUUCCAAGUGGAACUAUUUACAAUUGCUCAGAAACAGACUUUGUGGAACUUGUAGCUCAUAAGUUCAUUGGAGAUAAAACUGGACAAUUACAUAUCCGGGAAAAUCAGAGAGUUUGGGUGGAAUAUGUUGAAUCUGUCUCAAACAUUACAGAAGCACCUGUCAGUUAUAUAAUUGAUAAUGGUUCAGAAAUUGUCUUUCCAUCAGAAGUCCACAUUCAUGGAACUAAUAGUACAAUUGCUGGUCGUGUUACUGGAGUCCAUAAUUUAUAUAUUGAAGAUUCUGCAUGGGUGGAAUUUAAAAGUACGGGAAAUACUUCACUACUAGAAAAUGGAGAACAUGUCAAUGCUACAGGUUAUGGCCAUUUUGCAUGGGAUCAACUGCAUGUAAAGAGAAAUGGACAUGCUGGCUUCCUGGAUAUUAAGUUUGAGUUACUGGUAGAGACUAGUGAAAUUAAAAUAAAAUAUCAAGGUAAAUUGUAUAUGAACAAAGCUAAAAUCAACAGUACAUAUUCCUGGAUUGAGAGUGAAGGCAUAUUUCAUCUGAAUGGACACGGAUUCCCCUCAGAACAAGGAGAAGGAGCUGGUUAUACAAGGUCUGGGGUUGGAUAUGGGGGUGCACAUGGUGGUUACGGUGGUGGAUCUGAUCCUACGGCUGCACCAGAACCCUAUGGUAGCAUUCUGAUUCCAGAGGAGCCAGGUAGUGGUGGUGGAAAUGGUGGUGGUGAGGGAGGAAAUGGGGGAGGAGUUCUUCACUGGAUCACUAGUCAUUACUUUGAGCUGCAUGGUCUACUUGCAUUACAGGGAACCAGUGGAAAGGGUGUAAAUACUGGAGGAGGUAGUGGUGGUUCCCUGCUUAUUGAGACUAUGAACUUUACCGGACAUGGUAUAAUUGACACAGCAGGUGCUAACGGAACAGGAACUGGAGGCGGAGGUGCUGGAGGCAGAGCAGCUAUACAUUGUGAGUGGAGAUAUUGGUACGGUGGCUCCUUUUUGAACCAAGGUGGUAUGAGUGGCACCAGUGGUACCCGAUACAGUCAUGCAGCUGCUGCAGGAACAACCUAUGUAAAGAACAACCGGAGACCUCUUGAGUACAGAAUCCUGAAAUACAUGAAAGGAUCAAAUAUCACAUACUUUGAGGUUGAUCACAGAUAUUUGCACAUGGACAAUAAAGGCAUUAAAUCACCAGUGGCUACCAUGGUAAUGGAGAAUGGUACAACAUUCUAUGAAUUAGAUGAACUUCAAGUUGAUGGGUACACCAGGGUUCUAUUUUAUCACCCUUAUGAUUCUAAAGUAAAAGUCAUUGUACACAGAUUUAUUGGAGAUCGAACAGGACAAGUUCAUAUCAGAUCAAAUCAAAACAUGUCUGUAGAAUAUGUGGAAUCAGUAUCAAAUGUCACUGAAGCUCCUGUAAGUUACAUUAUCGACUAUGAAGGAGAAGUUAUCUUUCCAACAGAGGUACACAUGCAAGGUAUAAACACUACUUUAGAUGGUCUGAUUACAGGUGUACACCAUCUGUAUAUUGAAGAUGGAUGUACCCUGAGUGUAUCUAGUACUGCCCAGACUGCACAGCUUCAAGAGGAAAACUAUAUUGAUGUUUCUGCUGAAGGUAACUUUGAAUUGCCAACAAUAAAUGUUAGAAUGGAUGGAAUAUUAGAAUUCAGAAAAAUAACAAAUGACUUCACAAUAGGUGCUGCUUUCCUGGAACUUAAAUAUGGUGGAUUAAUAUUGAUGAACCAUGGUUAUAUUCAAGCCGGAGAUUUAGAUAUGGAGUCAAACAGUAAGUUCAGCCUCGAGGGUCGCGGCUACAAGGCUCAGAUUGGACCGGGCACUGGGACUGGCAACAUGGGAGCAAGUUAUGGUGGUGUAGGAGGUGGUGCAGAUGACUCUAAGGCUUAUGGUUCUGUGUUUGAUCCUUUCCAUCUUGGAAGUGGUGGUGCUGGAGCCACUGGCGGAGCCGGUGGUGGCUUUGUGAACUUCACCAUUGGAAAAUCUAUUCACAUUGAUGGAAUUGUUGAUGCAUAUGGAAAAGAUGCCACAGGCAAUGGAGGUGGAGGUAGUGGUGGAACUAUAUUCAUAAAGGCUUACAACAUGUCUGGUUAUGGAACUCUAGAUGUUUCCGGGGGCGACGGCAGUGGAACUGGUUAUGGUGGAAGUGGAGGACGAUUGGCUGCUCAUAUAGAAAAUUUCAACCUUUAUGCUGGUAAAUAUUUGUCACAUGGAGGAAGAAGUGGCAACAACAAUGCCCAGAAUGCUGGAGGGCCAGGCACUAUAUACAAAUUUGAAUCCAACAGGGGUCCACAAUACAGAGAACUCAAAUACAACCCAAGACUAAACAGAACCAUGAUAGAACCUGAACAUAGAAAACUUACAGUUGAAAACUUUAACCUGAGAACAACUAAUCCAGCAGUUAUAAUGGAGUCAGAUAGUUUCUACUAUGAGUUUGAAGAGGUUCAAGUUGAAGGAUACAGUUACGUUCAUUUUUACCAUCCCCGUACAGUACAUGUUGUACAGGUCAUCAUUCAUGAAUUGACUGGUAACAAACAGGGUAUGGUGAGAGUGCAAAAUAAUCAACAAGUAAAGAUUCACUUUGUAGAAUCCACACACACCUACCUAGAUGCUCCUUGUGGUUUCCAUGUUGACCCCAAUGGUGAAAUUAUCCUACCUUCUACAGUUGUCAUGCUAACAGAGAAGACCAUUCUUGAAGGUUUAAUGAUUGGUGUGGAAGAACUGAUUAUUGAAAGGAAUGCUGAAUUUCUUAUAGACAAUGAUGCUGGUACUUUGGCUGUAACAGAUAUUACAAUGGGAACAAUGCAGACUCCAAAUCCAGGUGUCUUUGACAUAUCUACAAUAUCCAUAAACUAUAAAGGUAUAUUCACUACAGAUAUGAACCCACGUCAUUUAAAGAUCUACUCAGGAUUGCUUACUGUACGCAAUGGUGGUAAAUUAGCUGCCAAGACUCACCAGGUUACCAUGGAAACAGCAGAUCUAGAUGUGGAAUAUGGUGGUCUGAUUGAUGGCUCAGGUCAAGGUUAUGGAAAAGGUGCAGGCCCUGGAAAAGGAAUUGCAAGUUCCCAUGAUGCUAGUGGAGGUGGUCUUGCAAGCAAAGGUGGCAGCAGUAAACAUGGAGCUGCAGGCGGCUCAUACCAUGGAACAACAAACUGUGAAGGAUUUCUCUAUGGAAGUGGUGGUGGUGGGGAACAUGGUGGAGCUGGAGGAAACUACAUAGAGAUAGCUGCUGGAACUAGACUGACUGUGUAUGGUAGCAUAUCUGUAAAUGGAGACCCAGGCAGGAGUGGUAACUAUAGAGCUGGAGGUGGUAGUGGUGGUACCAUCAAGAUAACGGCAAGUUCGCUUGUAGGACGUGGUAGCUUCACUAGUAUUGGUGGCUCGGCAUCAACAGGAACAUACAAUAAUAUAGUUGUUGGCAAUGGUGGUGGUUCAGGAGGAAGAAUCUGUGCUUAUCUCUUGGAGUCUCUGAGAUUCCGCGGAACAUUUACUGCACUUGGUGGUAGUAGUUCAACCCAUCAUGGCUCACCAGGAACGGUAUGGGUGAAAUCCACUGCAGGUUCAGACAUAACAACACAUCUGUGGGUAGAUCAUGCUAGCAGAUCUUUGAAUUGUGGCAGUUAUCCUGUUUACAUUGAUGAAACAGAUGUUAAUAACUUCCACCCAAUGAGACGUGCUUGUGUGUACCCUACAAAGGACGUAGUGGUGGAACAUAUUGGUGGAGAUGGAACAGGAGAAAUCCGGAUCAAUGCAGGUGUUACCAUGGAUGUUGCUCAAGAUUACAUGCGUACCCACUUGCAGUCCUCGCUGCAUAUAUAUGGCACAGUGAACUUUCCGACAACAACCUAUGCUGAACACUAUGUUACAAAUGAAGGAAAUAUUGUUGGAGCUGGACAUUGGUACUCCAGAGGUCAUACAAAAUUUCUUGCAAAUGGACAGUCCAGUUGUUCUGCGGCAACCUCCCAUACUGGAAACCAUCACUUCCUAACAUUUACAGCUCUGUAUGGUGGUUAUUUCAGUAUUAUUGAUUCCAACAAUAGAUACAAUGUAAAUAAAAGUAUUGCUGUCUUCACAGAUGUGUUCCGUAUGGAGGGUACUGCUUAUGGAUAUAUUGACAAAUCUGCUAAUGUGAUGGGUCGCGUCUUUGAAUUUGCAAAGCAGUCAAAAAUAGAUGGAAACACCAGAGGUUACACAGCAAAAACUGGUCCAGGUGCAGGAUGCACUGAUGGCUGUGGCUCAGGGGGAGGACAUGGUGGAGGCGGUGGAAGUUGUUACAGUCAGUGCGGAGAAAAAAGUUGCGGUGGAGGAAGUGCAUAUGACAGCAGUGUUUUACCAUCUCUGACUGGAAGUGGUGGAGGUUCUUGCACACAUAGAUCAGGAGGGGCUGGAGGUUCUGCUGUGAGACUGGUGCAUACAUUUAGUGUGAUUGAAGGUACAAUAACUGUGAAUGGAGGGGACGGUUCAGGUGGUGCAGGCGGAGGUGCAGGGGGAUCAGUUUGGCUUGAUGGAGAUGUUGUGGCUGGUUGGGGAUCAGUGCAUGCAGAUGGUGGCAAAGGUGGAAGUGAUGUUUGCAGCAGUGGGGGUGGUUGGACUCAUAGAGGAGGUGGUGGAGGUGGGGGAAGAGUGAGAACAUGGGGUUCUGAAUACACCAGCAAAGUCCUUCUUCAUCAAAGAUCAGUGUCUGGUGGUUCUGGGGCUUCAGAUAAUGGUGCAAGUGGAUCAACAAAUCGUUACCAUGGAAAAGCAUGUAGUGGACAUGGAACAUGGACUGGAGUAGCCUGUAAAUGUUACGAUGGAUAUUCUGGCCAUGACUGCCAGUUCACAUGCCACAGUGCCACUACGUGCGGAGGUCACGGUGUCUGUAAUGAUCAGGGACAAUGUAACUGUACCACUGGCUAUGUGGGAACAAGGUGUGAGAGUCAAUGUCACCGAGACACAGACUGUAAUGGACAUGGAGAAUGUUCACCUUGCGGAACUUGUAUAUGUCACCCUUGUUUCUCAGGUCCAGACUGCUCUAUUGAAUGUAGCGGUUCCGGUUCCUGUGUUGCAGAACAGUGUGCUUGUGACGACUGCCAUCUCGGAGUCCUCUGUGAAUCAGAAUGUAAUAACCAUGGAACAUGUAACACUACCUUGAACAAAUGUGAAUGUGAUGCCAACUGGGGAGGAAAGAAAUGUACUAUCAAGGGUUGUCCAGGGGAGGACCUAAACUGCAAUGGACACGGUAUUUGUAACUCAGGAACUGGUGAAUGCUUCUGUGAAAUCGGAUGGAAAGGAGCUGAUUGUGGAGACCCUGACUGCCCUGGAGAACCAAACUGUCAUGGGCGAGGAUUCUGUAAUAAGCUCUACAACCCGCCUAUCUGCACCAACUGUGAUUUAGGGUGGAUGGGAACAGGCUGUGGAGAUAGAUGUUUGCAUGGCACACCUAUAGCUGACAACACAGUGUGUAACUGUUCUCAGACAUGUUACCAUGGAAAAGGGUGUGAUAUAGAAUGUUCUGGUAAUGGUGUGUGCAAUUCCAAUGGUUCAGGAGAAUGUUACUGUGACCCGCUAAGUGGAUGGGACGGUACUUACUGUGAAAUUCCAGGGUGUCCAAGACAUCCGGUAACAGAUGUUGAAUGCAGUAACCGGGGAAACUGUGACUCUGAGAAACAUGAAUGUAUGUGUGAUGCUGGAUGGGAAGGUGCAGCAUGUCACUUAAGUGAUUGUCCGGGUCAUCCAAACUGUUUUAAUCGUGGAACUUGUGAUGAAUCUACCAGUCCACCAAGGUGUGUGAACUGCCACCCAGACUGGAUGGGUCCAGCAUGUAAUGACCCGUGUCUCCAUGGAAACCAAGAACCGAUGGAUAGCGGUAACUGUACGUGUGAGGAGGGAUGGACUGGCGUGGGAUGUAACUCGGAAUGUUCAGAACAUGGUAAAAUCAGUACAGUAACAGGAAAAUGUAACUGUACAUAUGUGCUUGGUUGGAAAGGAAGGGUGUGUGAGAUGCCUGGAUGUCCGGGACUGAAUAACACUGACUGCAGUGGUAGAGGUGGUUGUGACAGUUCUUCAGCUACAUGCACAUGCAACAAGGGUUGGCAAGGUAAAGGAUGUGAGUAUACGGACUGUCCAGGGGAACCUGACUGUAAUGGUCGUGGCUCAUGUAGUGAUGCAAAUGAUCCACCAGUAUGCUUCUGUGUUGAUGGUUGGUUUGGUAAGGCUUGUGAGGAACAGUGUGUUAAUGGCCAGAUGAAUCCUGUUGGAAGUCAGAAUUGCACAUGUGACCCAGGUUGGGCAGGUCUAAACUGUGAUGCUGAAUGCUCAGACAACGGUAAAAUUGUCAACGGCAAGUGUGACUGUGACAUUGGUUGGUGGGGCAGGUUGUGUGAUGAUCCUGGCUGCCCUGGUGUAAAUAAAAGCUGCACAGGUCAUGGAGAGUGUAACCGUGGGGAACACACAUGCACAUGCUACCCUGGCUGGACUGGAAUAAAAGACAGCACAGGUUAUGUUGACCCACUCACAAAUGGUUGUGAUAUCCCAGACUGCCCAGGAGAGCCAGACUGUAAUAGUGAAGGCAUUUGUGAUGAUACGCUGUUUACCCCUAAAUGUAUAAACUGUAGUGCAGGGUGGAUGGGUGAAGCUUGUGAAGACAUUUGUGAUGCUGUUCACGGUGUACAGAAACCUAUGAACAGUGGGUUCUGUAAAUGUGACAGCUGUUACUCCGGGAAAGGCUGUAAUCUGGAAUGUGGCAGGCAUGGAAGCUGUGACAAUGGUACAUGUAAAUGUGAUGUAGGCUGGAGAGGAUCCAAUUGUGAGGUACCAGGAUGUCCCGGUAAUGGAACAGAUUGCACUGGUCAUGGUACCUGCAACUCUGCUAUUCAUAAUUGUACAUGCAGACCAGGUUGGACAGGAGAUGGGUGUGAUAUACCCGACUGUGGAGAUGGAGCAUGCUACGUUAAUGAGGGGCGGGGAUACUGUGAUGGGUCAACUGGUGCUCCCAUAUGUGUCUGUAACUCAGAAAAUGGUUGGUUUGGACCAGACUGUUACAAGCGAUGUGAGAAUGGAACUGUUGUGAGGAACAGUUUAGGUGGAGAAUGUGUCUGCAAUACCUGUUAUAAUGGAGAUAGGUGCCAGCUGGAAUGUUCAAGUCAUGGUGUUUGCGAUCCAACAGGAAAUUUCUGUGUCUGCUUUGAUGAGCCAAAAAAAGCAUACAGAGGACAACUGUGUGAAGAUGAUGGUUGUCCAGGAUCAGACAGAGCUUGUGAACAACAUGGAUCUUGUAUCAACAUGGAGUGUGUCUGUAACAGUGGCUGGAAAGGGGAUGAUUGUGACACACCUAAAUGUCCUGAGGACUGUAAUGGUCGAGGAAAUUGCAUCUUUGAUGAAGACUUGGAAUCAGGAGUAUGUGUGUGCAAUGAGGACUGGGUUGGAGAUCGAUGUAACUUUCCAUGUGUUAAUGGUACAAACCACGGUGAUGGUAUCUGCAAAUGUAAUAGGACUUGUGAUACAGGAAGAUCGUGUGACACAACAUGUAACAACCAUGGUUUAUGCGAUACAGAUGGUAGCUGUAUUUGUGAUUUUAAUCAGGGAUACAAAGGUGACCAGUGUAAUAAGAUUGGGUGUCCAGGCUGGCCCAAAAACUGUAUGGAACAUGGUACAUGUAAUUCUGCAACUGGAAAAUGUGAUUGUGAACAAGGCUGGGAAGGCAAUGGCUGCCAUAUCCCAGACUGUGAUAAUUGUAAUGGUGUAAGCGCUACCUGUGAACAGAGAGAAGGUGACAAGAAACCAAGAUGUUACGAUUGUGCACCACCUUAUAUAGGAGACAGAUGCCAGUAUAGGUGUUACAAUGGAACAGAGAAUCCUGCUGACUUUAGCUGUAUCUGUGACAACUGUUUCGCUGGUGUUCAGUGUGACAGACUUUGUAACAACCAUGGAAUAUGCACAUCUGAAGGAAUAUGUGACUGUGGAUUUGAGGGCUACAGGGGAGAUUACUGUCAGAGGAAAGAAUGUCCAGGGAAUGUUAUCUCCUGUUCUGGACAUGGUGUUUGCAACCCAGCCACAGGAAACUGUACAUGCAAACCUGGAUGGAGGGGAAGUGGUUGCCAUAUUGCCAAGUGUGAGAAAGACUGCAGUACACACGGCAUAUGUAUGCCUCUCGAUGACCCAGUUUGUAACUGCAGUACCGGUUAUUUUGGAGUUGGAUGUGAAAGUUAUUGUCACAAUGGUAUAAUCAUUACACCUGAUCCAGAUGACCUGUCCAAACAGUAUUGCAAAUGCGACCCAUGUUACACAGGCGUAGAGUGUAAUUUGGAGUGCUCAGGACGUGGUAGAUGCAAUAAUGGAACAUGUGAUUGUGGGAAAGCUGGAUGGAGGGGAGAUAAAUGUGAAAGAGCUGGUUGUCCAGGCACAAAAGGAAUAGAUUGUUCAGGACAUGGGAAUUGUAUAUAUGGGUCAAAUUCUGAAAUAGGAGAGUGCACCUGUGACACAUAUUGGGUGGGUGAAGGUUGCUGGACAGCAGAAUGCCCCAACAACUGCUCCGGACAUGGUCAGUGUAAUGAUUCAGUAGAUGUACCUUUUUGUACAAACUGUGAACAAGGCUGGAUUGGACCUGAAUGUAACACUAGCUGCAAUGGAAUACAAGAGCCUAUGGAUAGUGGUAAUUGUGUGUGUGAGAGCAAGUGCCAGAGUUCUGCAGACAACUGUUACUCUAUAUGCAGUAACCAUGGUUUCUGUGAUAAUGAAACACAAACAUGCAUGUGUCAUGAUGGGUCUGGCUAUAACCCAACAGGACACUGGGGUAAAUUAUGUGAACAGAAGCAGUGCCCUGGUGUUGGAAAAUCAUGUAGUGGGCAUGGACUCUGCCUUCAAGGAAAUUGUCGAUGCAAUGAAGGCUGGACGAUAAAUGCCACUUCUUGCCAUGUGCCUGACUGUCCAGGGACACCAGAUUGUAAUGGUCAUGGGUCAUGUGACAGCAGUGGGGACAUACCAGUUUGUAAAUGUAACAAGGGUUACAUGGGCAGGGAAUGCCAGUACGAGUGUGUGUAUGGGGUGGCUCUAGCAAAUGACACAUGUCUGUGUGAUCCUUGUUACACAGGAGCAGCUUGUAACAAGAUAUGUGCUAGCCACGGACAGUGUGACAAUGGCACCUGUGUUUGCCAGGCAGGAUAUUGGGGAGAGUUUUGUGGGACUCAAGGAUGUCCAGGGACAGGGAAAAGUUGUUCUGGAAAUGGUUUAUGCAAUAUAGGCGAUCAGACAUGCACUUGUAACAUUGGGUGGAAGGCUGCAGGUUGUGAUGUAUUUGACUGUCCUGGUGACCAAGAUUGCAGCAAUAGAGGUGAUUGUGAUGGUAUAAAGUACUGGCCACCUAGAUGUGUGAACUGUACAGACUCAAUGGGUUCAGAAUGCCAGUAUGACUGUAUACACGGUGUAGAAUCUCCACCGUUCUCAUCAAUCUGCAAGUGUGAGCCCUGUUAUGAUGACUUUGCCUGUAGUAUUGAAUGUAAUGGUGUUGGAACAUGUUCAUCAGAUGGAAAUGGAACUAAAUCCUGUAAUUGUACUGAAGGCUACAAGGGAAGUUUCUGUGAGCAGCUUGACUGCCCAGGAGAACCAGACUGUAGCAACUUUGGAACAUGCACACGAAACAGAAAUUUAGAUACAUCAGUCUGUAUCUGUGAACCUGGUUUCCAAGGCGAUGACUGCUCUCAGUAUGUGUGUCCAGGCCCAUUGGAUAACUUCUGUAAUGGCAAUGGUGAAUGUUUACUGCUACCUGGGGAAAGUGCUCCGCAAUGUGUCUGUAACCAUGGUUUCACUGGAGAUGCCUGUGAGGGAUGUGUACCCAACUUUGAAGGGAACAACUGUGAAAGAUGUAGAACUGGAUAUAUAGGAUACAACACAACUUGUGAUGUCAUUUGUGUUAAUGGAUUUGCAACUGAAGAAGGUGGGAGAACAUGCGAAUGUUAUGAUGAUGAUACAAACGGACACUGGAUUAACCCUGAAACAGGCUGUACUGAUUGCCUGAAAGGCUGGAACAAACCAACAUGCACACAGUGUGCUUCCAAUUAUGCUGGUCCAUACUGUGACAUAGAAUGUACCGAUGACCAAGGAUAUUUUGUUGAUGUUGAUGAUAGUGAAUUUGUAAACUCUUCCGUUGUCCCAAUGUUCAGAUGUGUUGAACAGCUUGAAUUUGACCAAUACAGAGCUUGGUUUGGAUAUGAAAAUUCUAACCCAAACAAUAUUUACAUAAGACAUGAAGGUGAAAAUGCAUUGUAUAACAAUAGUCUGAGAACUGACAUAUCUCCACCAACCAAGUUCAUACCUGGAUCUGUGAAGUAUGCAAUGUCUGUAGGGCCUGCAAACUUGACAGUGAUAAAAGAAUACAACUGGAAAGUAAUAACAAUGAAAUUCAAGUACACAAGCCUCUCAGCCUCUGUUGAUCCAACAGUCAUUUGUCCAGAUUCUCCUGAACUGGAUGUUUUGCCUAAAAUUGUUGGACAGUGCAAGUGUAAGCAUGGUUAUUAUGGAGACACAUGCAGAAAGGAAUGUCCAGGUGGAGCCUCCAGUCCAUGCUAUGGCAAAGGAACAUGUGAUACAGUAACAGGAGAGUGUUCAUGUGACAUUGGUGCAGAACAGAACAACAGCUGUAAUACUUGUCAGCCUGGGUGGUUUGGUAGUGAUUGCAAAUUCCCUGUAGCAAAGAAAGAUGCUGCAAAAGAAUGGUACACUGGAAUGAUAUAUGGUUUUGGAAACUGCCAGACUUACCAUGGAACAAAAUAUGAUUGCAAUGCAUUUGGUCAGUACCUUGUGACAAGUGUACAUAUUGCAACUUCUCAAGAGCUGAAAGUACAUGCUCUCAGGGUAACUGGUUCAAAUAUAUGGCCAGUUGCAGUUACCCAUGCUGUAGCCAUCAAGGUUUCAAGUAAGUUACUUGUUAUUCAAGUCAGCAAUGAUGAUUCUAGGAGUAAAGUCUGGUUUAAUGGUGAAGUAUAUGCUAUAGGCAGUGGGCUACAGCUUUCAGCAGAAAUUAAGUUAAUGCAGUUGUCACCAACACAGUUUGUACUAACAACAUCUGUAGAUUUCUAUAUAAACAUUGAUAUCAAGAAAACCUAUAUUGAUAUGUUUGUUAAAAGCAAAGCUACGAUAUGCAACUCAGCAACUGGUCUUCUUGGAUCUUGUGAUACGGAUCAAACUAGUGAUUUCAAAAUGUCUGAUGGCAAUGUUCUUCUGGAAGGUAGCGUACUUUAUGCUCUCACAGUUAGCAAUAUUGAGCAAAUGUUUCUGCCAUCUUGGAAGAGUAGUGAUUCAAUCUUUACACAGAUUGUUCAGGGAAAUAGUGACAGUCCUGCAGAAACAUGCAUUGGAAUCAAAUUUAGCCCUAUGGAAAGUGAAGCUCUAUACUUCUUCACAGAUUAUGAACUCACUGUUGACAUCACCUUCCGAAUGGAGUCUGUAUCUGGAAAUUGUGGCGCUUUAUGGUCCUACAAGAAUCCUGCAGGACAUGUGUUUUCAGUUCUGGUUUGCGAGAUGUAUAUUUCAUUUGUAGUAUUUUCCCCUAAUGAAACCAAAACAGUUAUCAACACACUGCCUGUGCAACUAUCUACUUGGUACAAAUUAUCUAUGGUUUGGACAAGAUCAGACAAGACUCUACAUUUUUACCUGAUCGAAGACAACUUGUCCUACAGUAAUGCGUUUGUUACUGCAGUCAUUGUACAAGACAUCUUUGUCCCUGGUGGCACUUUCAUGCUUGGUACAACUCAUUUGCUGACCUACAGUUUUGAUGGAUUUGUAGAUGACUUCGCAAUUUGGAAAGCUUCAUUUACUUUGAAUGAAAUUGUAGCACGAGCCUUUAAGUACAUAGUGAUUCAUGAAGAAAACGAACUUUCUUAUAUUUGGAGAUUCAAUGAUGGUUAUGGCUUCACAACGCAUGAUUCUUCAGUUCAUCGUAAAUCAUUCAAUUGGCAGGCUGGUAAUUGGGCUGAUAUUCACUGGAAAGUUGGUGUCUACAAAAUGGCAUAUUCCUAUUCUUGGAAUGAAAAGAAAACGCUUUUAUCAGAUCCAGCAAAAGAAGAUCUUGAAAAUUGCAAAGCAACUAUGAGUACAAUUCCUGAAGUCGACACUCUUGAAGAAUCUGUAUACCAUUUGUACCUUAUGGAAUGUAUAAUCAGUAAAUAUUUAAGUGACGAUGUAGGCAAACUAUAUGACAUUAUUACAGCAAUAAGCGAGAGAAUUGAACCAGACCGCACCUCACCAAGGUACCCAUUGAGAGUUGUUUGCAGGAAAUACCCGGGUUUGUCCAACUGGUAUGGCUUGGAUUGCAAUAAUUACUGCAUCACAGGAGCUGGUAUGUUUGAUUCAGAAGAUAGAAGUUGUGACUGUAAAUCUGGAUUUUAUGGAGACAGCUGCGAACAUCAGUGUCCAUAUGCUCGUGGAAAAUUAUGUGGUGGUGGUGUUUGUGACACGCAUACUGGCCAAUGCACAUGCUCAUCCAAAAGAUAUGAUCCAGAUAAUGGUUGCCUAACUUGUACCCGAGGAUGGAUUGGUAAAGACUGCUCAUCUGUUGCUGCAAACAUUCCACAUGCUUUAUCCAAAUACUCAGGAGUAUGUUUUGGACAGGGUUAUUGCAACAUGUUUGAUGGACAAGCUUUUAAUAUGAGAACUCCAGGAGAAUAUUUGUUGUUCAAGAAAACGUCCCAAGGGCUGUCUGUAUAUAUCAGGAUGAGACCGUGUGCAGGAAGCAAGACGUGUAUUCAGCAAGUAUGGUUUCAUCUGGCAUCCGAUGAUUUCACCAUUAAAAUUCCUCUGACAGAGAACAAACCAAUAAUUAUGCAGCAUAACAGUGCAGGUAUAUCAAUAGACAGUCUAGGUACUUAUGAAAUAAAUGCUCUUGCGGCAAUAUCAUGGAUUGAUAAAGUUACACUGAAGUUUGUGUAUGGAACAUUAACGGUCAGGUGUCAUAUAUUGAGCUUUCACCCUAUCUGUCAGUGAACGUCGAAACAGAGUGUUCCAGUAAUGAUCAAACGGGUCUUCUUGGAAAUUGUAAUUUAAAUGUUGAUGAUGACUUCUUGGAUCACUUAGGUAGAGCAGUUGUUUACAGCGACAUCAGUGACGACUUCAUAGAUAAAGAAUUUUCUUUGUAUUUUACUAGAAUUAAACCUGCACACAACCACUUCAUAUAUAGAUAUCCGAAUUCCGCAUUAAUAGA